CCACAACGAUCGGCAAACAAAACCAAGUCUAAUCUAAAAGCUCUCAGGCAUUACCAUGGCAACCUCUGCUAUCCAACAAUCUGCUUUCGCUGGCCAAACAGCUUUGAAGCAGUCCAAUGAGCUCGUCUGCAAGGUCGGUGCCGUCGGUGGUGGUCGCGUUUCCAUGCGUAGAACCGUCAAAAGUGCUCCAACCAGCAUCUGGUAUGGCCCUGACCGCCCAAAGUACUUGGGUCCAUUCUCCGACCAAAUCCCAUCAUACCUGACCGGUGAAUUCCCUGGGGACUACGGGUGGGACACUGCUGGAUUAUCAGCUGACCCUGAGACAUUUGCCAAGAACCGUGAGCUUGAGGUGAUCCACUGUAGGUGGGCUAUGCUUGGUGCCCUCGGCUGUGUUUUCCCUGAAAUUCUUUCAAAGAAUGGUGUCAAGUUCGGAGAGGCGGUUUGGUUCAAGGCUGGUUCCCAAAUCUUCUCCGAGGGUGGCCUUGACUAUCUUGGCAACCCAAACCUCAUCCAUGCUCAGAGUAUUCUUGCUAUCUGGGCUUGCCAAGUUGUGCUCAUGGGAUUUGUUGAAGGGUACAGAGUUGGUGGUGGACCACUCGGUGAAGGACUCGACCCAAUUUACCCAGGUGGUGCUUUUGACCCGCUUGGAUUGGCUGAUGACCCUGAUGCCUUCGCGGAAUUGAAGGUUAAAGAGAUCAAGAACGGCCGCCUGGCAAUGUUCUCCAUGUUUGGGUUCUUCGUCCAGGCUAUUGUCACUGGAAAGGGUCCCAUCGAGAACCUUUUCGAUCACCUUGCUGAUCCGGUGGCCAACAAUGCUUGGGCUUAUGCCACAAACUUUGUCCCCGGAAAAUGAACAACUUAGAUGAAGUCAUAGUCAUAGAUGUUUCUUUGAAAGCUGUAAUGUUAAUCAGUGUUCACUAUGAUGUGGUUUCACUGCUUAUCUUAGGAGCUUUUGUAUCAUUAAUGCUUUGAUCUUUUGUAAUUGAAAUAGUAUUUUCUUGAUAUCACUAAAA